AUGAGAAUUGCAACAAAGAGCACCGGAACUACUUCGUCCGAGAAAAUCGAAUGUUGGCAUAACUCUGAGGAUGAAGGUGGUGACUGGAACUACAACACAAAUGUUGAGGUCCAAGGAAACUCCUUUGUCCAACAUACUGGGAUAGAAGCGAGGGAUAUUGUGGCACUCAAUGAACCUAAGACUAUCAACACUGAAGUUGGCGACACCUUACCCAGCGAUCCCCUUUAUUUUCAUAUUUCAAAAUCUUUCUUCUCGAUCCUUAGCCUUCCAAAACCAAAAGGGACAUCUUGCAGCAAGGUUGAUACGACAAAUUCAGUAUCAAUCUACACAAUCCUCAGAAGGAACAGUUAUAUGCAGCAAUUCUUCAACAAACACUAUUUAUCUCAGAGAGGUGGGCGUACAAAGGAAAAUAUGGAAACGGAUUUGGUUGUAAAGGUUUGGGAGGAAAUCAUCCAAUUGGGAAUUUCAGAAGGCGUGAGGGAUGGUAAAUUUGUGGAGGCAAUUAGGGGCAUGGAGGUGCGGGAUGCAGAAGGGUUAAAGUCCAGGAAGGGAAAAAACACACUUGUGAUGAAUAUAGUAUCACUAAAGAUUAGAGGAUGUGGCAUUUCUUCUAAGUGA